CUUGUCGGCAUCAUGGUCAAAUCCUAUCGCAAGUACGAGCAGUCGGUCACUUUCGGUCUCGUCAACACUGCCCUUUCCAACCUUGUCUGGACUCCCGACAACCUUGUCUCGUCGUCCUCGCGCAACACUGGCGCCGGCAGAGCGUACGUCGGCGCAAACGAGCAUGUCCUGGCCUGGGAUGUGAAGAAGGGAGAGCUGGUCAGUCGCUGGCACGACGUCGACUGCAAGUCUCAGGUCUCGGCCAUCGCUCAGUGCCUCGCCCAGCCCGAUCUCUUUGCUGUCGGCUACCAGGAUGGCAGCAUCAGAGUGUGGGAUGCUCUGUCCAACAACCCCAUCAUGAGCUUCAACGGCCACCGCUCUGCCAUUACCCACCUGAUCUUUGACUCCGAGGGUGCAAGACUUGCCAGUGGCUCCAAGGACACCGACAUCAUCAUCUGGAAUCUGCUCUCCGAAACUGCAGAGUUCCGUCUUCGUGGCCACAAGGACCAGAUCACCGGUUUACACUUCAUCCGUACCAGACCCUCGGGUCGCCAAUCGCCUCACACGGACGAGGCUGUCGAUGUCACGGCAUCGGGCGAGCCUGAGGAGUUCGAGGAGAAGUACCUGCUCUCGACCAGCAAGGACGCUCUGAUCAAAAUCUGGGACCUCUCGACCCCUCACUGUAUCGAGACACACGUCGCCCAGACUAAUGGUGAGUGCUGGGCUCUUGGUGUCUCGCCCGACGGUAUGGGUUGUAUCACCGCUGGCAACGACGGCGAGCUCAAGGUCUGGUCGCUCGACCUCGAGAGUCUCGCCGACUUUGGCACAAACAUUGCAGAAGCAAAACAGUCGACUUCUCUCACUGCACAGGGUAUCCUCUUCCGCCAGACCAAGGACCGAACUUUAAGUGUCGCAUUCCACCCCAAAGGCGAGUACAUCGCUGUCCACGGCUCAGAGAAGGCUGUCGAGGUCUGGCGCAUCAGAUCUGAUGAGGAGGUACAAAAGAGCUUGGCCAGAAAGAGAAAGAGAAGAAGAGAAAAGGCUGCUGCUGCCGGAGCUUCUGUUGCAGAAGCUGAGAAAGAGGAGGAAAGCACAACACCUGAUGUGUCCGACGUCUUUGUCUCGUAUGUCAUCGUCCGCACUGGUGGCAAGGUCAGAUCUGCCGCUUGGGCUGCUAGCAGAUCUUCCAAGAACGUAGAGCUAGUCUGCUCCACCACAAACAACCAGAUCGAGUCAUACACAAUUACCAGCCGCGAGAAGUCAAAGAAGGCAACCGCCGAGGCUCCAGACUAUAACCGUGCUCUGGCUGUCGAUAUGCCUGGACACAGAACCGAUAUUCGUGCUCUGGCUUUGAGCUCUGAUGACCGCAUGCUUGCUUCUGCUUCUGCUGGACUUCUCAAGAUCUGGAAUGUCAAGACCCAAAGUUGUCUUCGAACUCUCGAGUGUGGUCAAUCACUCUGCUGCACAUUCUUGCCUGGUGACAAGAUUGUAUUGGUUGGAACAAAGACUGGAGAGCUCGAGUUGUACGACAUUGCUUCUUCCGCUCUGAUCGACAAAUUCCAGGCUCAUGACGGUGCUGUGUGGACUCUGCAAGUGCACCCUGACGGAACAUCAGUUGUGACUGGUGGUGCCGACAAGGCUGCCAAAUUCUGGAAGUUCGACAUCGUCCAGGAAGAGAUCCCCGGAACCCGAAGAACUACACCUAAGCUGAAGCUCACUCAAACUCGCAUCCUCAAGGUUGCAGAUGAUGUUUUGAGUGUCUGUUUCUCACCCGACUCCCGUCUGCUCGCCAUCUCCACCCUUGACAACACUGUCAAGGUCUUCUUUGUCGACACACUCAAACUCUUCCUCACACUUUACGGCCACAAGCUCCCUGUUCUCAACAUCUCAGUCUCAUCAGACAGCAAACUUAUCGCUACGUGCAGUGCGGACAAAAAUGUUCGCAUCUGGGGUCUGGACUUUGGUGACUGUCACAAGGCUUUCUUCGCUCAUCAAGACAGUGUUAUGCAAGUCUUGUUCAUCCCUCAUCCUGUCGAGAAGGAAGAGCAACAUCUCUUCUUCAGUGCCAGUAAAGAUUCGGUUGUCAAGACUUGGGAUGGUGACAAGUUUGAGCAGAUCCAGAAGCUGGAGGGUCAUCAUGGCGAGGUGUGGGCUAUGGUAGUCAGCAGGACUGGCGAAAAGGUCAUUACAGCGAGUCACGACAAGAGUAUCCGCGUCUGGGAUGUCACAGAUGAUCUCAUCUUCCUGGAAGAAGAGCGAGAGAAGGAACUCGAGCAAAUGUAUGAAUCGACACUGGCCACACAGCUCGACAAGGAUCACGCAGACGAUGACGAGGGCGCUGAGGAUGAUGUUGCUGCCGCCUCUAAGCAAACGAUAGCUACCCUGACAUAUGGUGAACGCAUAUUGGAAGCUCUCGAGCUUGGCUAUGCAGACUACCAAGUCGUGCAAUUGUGGGAAGCUGAAAAGGCAACGAAAGCAAACCUUGCACCGCCACAACGAAACCCUAUAUUCACAUACGGCAAUAUGAGCGCAGAACAACACGUGCUGCAGACCAUUCGCAAGAUCCCGAAUGCAUCUCUCAAUGACGCACUCAUGGUCGUACCAUUCUCAUCACUUCCAGUCCUUUUCAUGUUCGUCUCGGUCUUCAUCCAACGCCGUAUGCAGCCGCAACUGGCAUGGCGCGUCUUCUACUUCUUGCUACAGACACAUAACGCACAAAUCGUGGCUAGCAAGCAGCUCAAAGACAUACUGAGCGAGGUGCUCGAGGCAUAUGGAAAGUUCGUCAAGGAAGAGAAGAACAUGCUCGGCUUCAACAUGGCCGCUCUGGGUCUCAUGGGCAGGGAGAUCAAGGAAGCACAGGUGCAUGGCAUGGAUGAUGAACCAGAGGAGCAAGAGGAGAAGCUGGAGAGAGGUACCAAAAAGCGUGCAUUUGCUUCUGUUGCAUAAAGGAUUUUGGGUUACGGACUUUUGAGAUUUUCUAUACCACUUUUGUUGAUAUGUUGAUAUGACAUGGCACUUUCAGAUCAUCGGCAUACCGCACUCUCUCCUCCUUGGCAGAUUUUGAUACUGAGUCACGAUGCAGAAAACUCGACAAUGUUUAACGAUGAGUCAAAGUGAUCCGCGGCCGGUCUCGGGGAUGGCUUCCCCAGCAAAAAGACGUGGCAGGGACAACGGCUUAAGCUCGUGCAUAAGCCGCGCAUGCGUUUAUUGCAGUAUCUUUUGUGGUUAUGGACUCAGUGGGUGAAUUGACUGAGAUGGUAGGCAGAGACGUAGGGUCAAUU